AUGAAAUUAUAUUUAUUAGGUCGUGAAUAUAUUGUUCAAACGAAUCAUUGUCCUUUACGUAAUAUGCAUAAAAAACUAUCAAAUAACCGUCGACUUGAUCGUAUUUCAUUAGCUUUACAACAAUAUAACAUUAAAGAAAUUCGUCAUAUUUCAGUGACUGCAUGUUCAUCGAAUAUCAAAUUUUCAUCAAAAGUUUCUCAAAAUAAACGUCGUCAAAUAAAUAAACAAGAAAAAGAACGUCAUUGUCAACAAGUAUUUUCUCCAUAUCAUUCAAUUUAUAAUUAUGAUAUGUAUUUUAUAAAUGCUUGUACAACUUCAUAA